GUCUCACACACACGCGCAGAUAAACAAUAAACAGACAGCGCCUCGCGGGGACUGAACUGAAGAGUGACCGCCCCCGAUCUCCUCUUCUUCAGGGCAGAGAAAUCCUGGAGGAGCGGAGCUGAAGCGGUUACCUUGCUCUUCUCCUCCUCGGCUUCCUCGGCUCGCCUUGACGUCAAACUGUGAUUUGUUUUUGAGUGUGAGAUGGGCGGCUUCGUGGAUCCCUUCAUCCCGUCGCCGGCAUGGCCUCAGGACAUGGUGUUCCCCGGCUCGUCGUGGGCCGGUUCGUCAGCCCAAGGCAUGGGCUUCCACCACCUCCAGAACGGCUCCUCGCCGACGCAGCUGAUCACGGACAAAGAACUCGCCGCCGCAACCGUGUUUCCUGCCGGCAACAACGCGAAGCUGCACGACCACGAGCAGCAGCUGCUGUUGCGGAGCACCGACGACCUGGACUACACGCUGUGCUCGAUCCUGGGCGGCCAGAACGUGUCGCUGACGGACAGUGCCCCGGUGCUCUGCAGCAGCUCCAACGAGAGCAGCGGGAGCGAGCAGUCAGGCGCCGCGGGCGUCCUGCCUCAGUUCCUCAUGGGAGAGCGGCAUCCGGUUCCGGUCGCCUGGGCCUCGGGCUACGCGGGCGAGGAAACGCCGCAGAGCUUCGGCUUCCCCGGCGACGAUCUCCUGCACGAGGCUGCCCCGAACGGGUACCAGCAGCUAGGCACCGUGGCCCCGGCGCAGCUGCAGCUACACGAUGAUGCCAAGUUCAGCGCUGGCAAGCUGCUGUCUUUCGCUCCUGGGCAGCAGCAAAUCCGUCCCGACAUCGACACUCUGCAGCAGGAGUUUGGCAGCGGUCUGCGCCACCUCAACCUGGUGCCUGGGGCACAACUUGCACCUUUCAACCCCAAGCAGUGCGCUGAAGAUGGCAGGAACGGCAAUGGGGUCGCCGUCGGUGGAGGCGCUCCGAAGGCUCGUGUGAGGGCUCGCCGGGGCCAGGCCACGGAUCCGCACAGCAUCGCCGAGAGGCUCCGGAGGGAGAAGAUCUCCGACAGGAUGAAGAAUCUGCAAGAACUCGUUCCAAACUCCAACAAGACGGACAAGGCGUCUAUGCUUGAAGAGAUCAUCGAAUACAUAAAGUUUCUUCAGUUACAAACCAAGGUUCUCAGCAUGAGCAGGCUGGGCGCGACCGAUGCUUUGGUUCCACUUCUGAUGGACUCCCAUAAUGAGAGCUCUGGGCUCGUCAUGGGGUCCCCGAAAUCAGGAGCAGCAGCAGGAGGAAAGGGGCACGCAGGCCACCGACAAACCGAUUCCGAUGAUUUCGUGGAGGACAAAGUGGUGUUGGAGCAGGAGGUGGCACAGAUGAUGGAGGAUAACAUGACGAUGGCGAUGCAGUACCUGCAGAACAGGGGCCUCUGCCUCAUGCCCAUCACGCUGGCGUCGGCGAUAUCGGUCCAGAAGGGGACUUUCUCCGCCACGGUCCGUCCGGAGAACGGCGGCAAGGACGACGUGAAGAGGGUGCCCACUGUCCUUCCCUCCCAAAAGGAGGUGAAGUCCAGACCCAAUGUUGCCUGAUCGACAGAAGUCCCUGCAGGAGAUACAGAUGAACUAGAUAUCGUAACGAGCAAUUCGCCACCGCUAUCUUUCUCAUCGCAAGAACAUGUUAAUUGAUUCCUCCAUCCCUGAUUCGAGUAGUUUAAAAGAAUCGCCUGUAAUGGACGGCUUUUGAAUUCCCAAAUCAUUGCUCAUCGAUA